AUGCUUAAUGCGCGACGCGAAAAGGAUUGUGUCGCUGUUACGAAUGAACGCAAGUAUUACAGCCUCAUCGGCUCCUUUGUCAAACGCAGUCUUCGUCCCUCUGAAUGGCAGCACAAUCCGGUCGUCGGUACGCUGAGCAUACCUCGCUUCGGCAAUGAGCGCAUCUUGAAUGAGGCCGCGGCAUUGCGCUUCAUUGCUGAAAAUACGAAUAUCCCCGUGCCAAAGCUCUAUGGCUGCUUUGAGGAUGACAACGCAGUGUACUUGGUCACCGAGCUUAUCGAGGGCGUGAAAUUGGCUGAUCUCGAACCAGCACAGCGCAAAUCGGUUGAAUUAGAGCUAGAGGGCUACAUGGAUGUUCUGAGAGGUUUGAAGUCCAGUGUAUGGGGAGGACCCUCAGGAAUUGUGAUCCCGCCGUACCGGAUCAUGGUAGAAGCGUACCGUCAAGCCUGGAAGAUGAAGCCGAGGGAGUCUAGUGACCUUGUCUUCUGCCAUAACGACUUCUCCGCUCAUAAUGUCAUCGUCGAUCCAGUGAGCCUCAAAGUAAAGGCUGUCAUUGACUGGGAAUACGCUGGGUUUUAUCCACAGGAGUUUGAGUCUGAGUUUUUCCGACGCCCUGGCCCGUCAGUUGCGCUUGAUGGAGAAAGGAAUGACGUGGAAGAGCUUUUGGAAAUCAUGUAUCAGAAUGAGGAGUAG